UUUAGGAUGUGUGUCGCAUAAGAAAUGCGUCAUCGAUGAUAGCAAACCGGUUUGUUUAGAUAGUGGAGUAAACGCAUGCAGCAGACUGAUGUGAGGAACACAGUACGCUGCGUUGUUUGAGUAAGUGGCAAGUCACCACAUUGCUGUGUUGUUGGCUGUAGGGAAGUGAGCCCACUAUUGAGCUGCAGUUAUUGUUACUUUUAUACUCCAACCACUGGAUGUUGUGUUAAAGUUUGUGGUGACUUCUAUGUAAUUUAUCCCGGUUUAUAAUGUCAGACACGGACAGCGGGUCAGUGUCGGUCCACACUGACCCACAGCACUCAAACAAACUACUACGGGCACUGCGCUCUUUUCGGGAGGACUCAUUAUUUUGUGAUGCAGUUUUAGUUGUAGAUGGAGAGGAGAUACCCGUUCAGAAGAACAUUCUGGCUGCUGCGAGCCCUUACAUCAAAACAAAACUAAAUUAUAAUCCUCCAAAGACGGAUGGGUCAGUGUACAAGAUAGAAUUGGAAGGAAUUUCUGCCCGGGUGAUGAAAGAAAUACUAGAUUAUAUCUUCACUGGACAGAUCAGACUAAGCCAAGACACGAUUCAGGAUGUUGUCCAGGCAGCUGAUGUACUUUUAUUCACAGACCUCAAGGUAUUAUGUUGUGACUACCUAGAAGGAUGCAUUGCUGCUGAAAACUGUAUAGGUAUCCGGGACUUCGCAUUGCAUUACUCUCUGUACCAUGUUCACCAUGUGGCCACGGAGUACCUAGAAACUCACUUCCGUGAUGUCUGCAAAACUGAUGAGUUUCUAGAACUGCCAUCUCCGAGACUUAAAGAAGUAACAUCUAUUGAGAAGCUGAAUGUUGGAAAUGAAAAAUAUAUAUUUGAGGCAGUUCUCAGGUGGCUAAACCAUGAUCUCGAUGUAAGAAAGGUCCAUAUGAAAGAUGUUAUGUCAGCAGUGUGGGUUCAGGGAUUGGACUGCAGCUACAUAAGAGAACAAAUGAAAAGUGAUCCACUGGUGCGGGAGAUUGUCAGGGAGUGUAAUAACAUUCCUCUUGUGCAACCUCAACAAGACGCGGCUCUGUUGGAUUCAUUUAAACCUCGUGGAUACUCUGAGUGCAUUGUCACUGUUGGUGGAGAGGACAGAAACACACGGAAGCCGACUGCAGCGAUGCGCUGUAUGUGCCCUCUCUAUGAUCGUAAUAGACAGUUUUGGAUUAAUCUGGCAUCUUUGCCUUCUCCUCGCACUAAUCAUGGAGUACUUUCAGCAGAGGGAUUCUUAUUUGUAUUAGGAGGUCAAGAUGAAGAUUCUAUAACACUAAAUACAGGAGAGAUGUACAAUCCAGAUACCAAUUCAUGGACUACGUUACCACCAAUGAAUGAAGCAAGACAUAGUUUUGGGGUUGUGGAAAUUGAUGGAGUCAUAUAUGUUCUUGGUGGAGAAACAAGCGAUAUAGAACUAACUUCCAUGGAAUCAUGUGACAUUUACCUUAAAACAUGGACAAAGCAACCCUCUAUGACAAUGGUUAGAAAGAUUGGCUGCUAUGCUGCUAUGAAGAAAAAAAUCUAUGCAAUAGGUGGAGGCUCAUACGGCAAACUGUUUGAAUCCGUAGAAUGCUAUGAUCCAAAAAUGCAGCAGUGGACAGCAAUCUGCCCAUUGAAAGAGAGGAGAUUUGGUGCAGUGGCCUGUGGUGUUAGUUUGGAGCUUUAUGUGUUUGGUGGUGUCAGAAGUCGAGAUAAUGAGCAUGUUGAACAAAACAGCGUGAUGGUGACCUGCAAAUCUGAGUUCUACCAUGACGAGUUUAAAAGGUGGAUCUACCUGAAUGAUCAGAAUUUAUGCACCCAUACUAGCUCUUCUUUUGUUUAUGGAGCCAUUCCUAUAGGUGCUAGCAUUUAUGUAGUUGGGGAUCUUGACACAGGUACUGGUUAUGACUAUGUUCGGGAGUUUAAGCGAAGCACUGGAGUGUGGCAUCACACAAAGACUAUUAGUACUACAGAUCUCCGGCGCACAGGAUGUGCUGGCUUGCGCAUUGCAAAUUGUAAACUAUUCCGACUACAGCUGGUGCAGGGCCUCUUCAGACGACGCUGAUGAUUGGACUGUUCAGCAUAAGUGGAUUGCUGACAUAAAGGUCCCAGCACAGAAUGAUGUACCACCACACAGCUUCAUAUGAAAAAAGUAGUAGACAGUGCAGCUAAUAUUUAUACUCUGUGAUAUGCUUGGGGGUAUGGAAAUAGUUGCAGUCUAUCAUCCUUAAAAGGGGCUUCAGCAUACAUUUAAGGAGAAGAUUAUUUUAAUAGGAUUGGAAAUGUCAUUUUUUAUGUUACAUUAAUUUGUACUUUUUGAAAGCAUACCUGGGGAGAGAGGGUUCAUUUAAUGAAUGUUAUCCUACUGUAAACUGUUUUAAGGUGCUUAAUAUGGGGAUCCAUAAUAUACUCUUUAACAUUUUACUAAGAGAGAAAAUUAUAUCAUAAGAGUGCCACAUUAGAAGUUCUAUUUAAUAAUGACAGAACGAAAUGUAGCAGUGCAUGUUAUGUUGAAAAUGUUAUAGCAAGACCUCUCACAUAAGAUCAGAGGGCAGUGAAUUUUCAUGUAAUGUUUCCCUUCAGGCACAGUAGGAUAGUUUAUAUGUCCGUAAUUUCAGCACAUUGCAUAUAAAUGACAAUUGUAACAGUGUUUGUAAAUUUUUAAUAUAUAUGUUCACGUAGAUUACUCCUCAUUAAGGAAUAGAUAUAUGCAUAUAGCAGCCAGCUGCAGGCUCUGAAAAAGCCAGUGAUAGAAUCAUGCAAGCCAAUUCUACAGUUUGCACAUAUAAAGUAACAAAAUACAGUAGGCUAACAAAUGGAUGAAUUGUAUAAACUCACAGGUUACACUAUACACUUGGUGGUUCAAAAAUAUUUUUUAGAGGAAAGGGUAGAGAAUGAUCAUUAUUGAAAUGGUAGAAAUUAUUUACAGGAAAUAUGAAAACACUAAAAGGGAUAUUCAUGAAUGUAGUAUUCAGCUGUGUGGACUGCUUUGCGAAAAGGUCUUAGAAAAGAGUCGACAACAAUUAUAAUGAAGAUCCACAUCGUUAAGCAUAAUUCUCAGAUCUGAGAAUUAUAGAAUGUGCUGUGGAGUUGUAACCAAAUUAUGUGGCUACAAGAGCAGACUUAUUACACCUAACACACUAUUGAGGGGACAGAUAGCCCCCUUAAACUGAUAUGGCAUGUGGUACCCCGAAGCCUGAGUAAUAAUAUCAGAAGAAAACUGUAAACAAUGUAUUUUUACAGCAACUAAUGAAUAUGCAAGUAUAGAGCACAUUGAAAGGUAAUUUGGAUUUCAGCUGAGAAAUAUUCUUUUGCCGAGGAGUUAAAAUAUUUAUAUACCCCUUAAGCAGUGCUGUGUGUACCUCUUCAUCUUCAUGGCAAGCUUAUCCUAGCUGCAGCAGGGUUUACAAAGAGGUUUGCCUUGGUUUUCUGUAGUGCCUUUUCUAGUAAACACUAAAUUGCAUGCAGGAAAGUGGUUCUCAGACCGACAUUCUCAGUCUGUUAUUCUGGUAAAGAUAAUUUGCAGUUUCUUUUUGUUUUGAUAAGGGACUCACAGUUCUCAUUAACCAUUGGCACAGUCAGAUGCCUUGUUCUGCUGACAUAAUUUUGAUGUAGCUUUAGGUGUUUACCAUGUGCGCAUGAAGUCCACCAACAUUUAUUUUUCCAUGUCUGUACUCAAGCCCCUCUGUAUUACUGUACUGUCUGACAUAACUCCAUAUUCUUAAUGUUGUUUCAUGUCUGCACACAAGCCCCUCUGUAUUACUGUACUGUCUGACAUCACUCCAUAUCCUGAAUAUUGUUUCAUGUCUACACACAAGCCCCUCUAUUGUUAGUGUACUGUUACUGUCUGACAUCACUCCGUAUCCUGAACAUUGUUGUUUGCAAACAAGCCCCUCUAUAUUACUGUACUGUCAUGACGCCAUAUACUGAAGACUGUUAUGUGUAUACAUACGUACGAGCUCCUCUGUAUAACUGUACUUGGUGAUAUCACUCCAUCUCGUUUACCCCUCUUAAUGCCUCUUGUGUUCCCUUACUCUGUAUACCUGUCUGUCACUAGAAGGCUGUAGUUUUGGACUUUGAGGAGCCAGUCAAAUAAGUGCCAUGGACAUGGAGUGCAUACUUGGUAUAGUUGUAUGGCAUAUUUGGAUCAUUUUCACCUUGGAAAGCAGUGCAAUAAAAGUGUGCAGUAAGUGCAUGUUGCCAGUCCCUCAGUGCAUAAUCUCCAUUGCACAUGCGGUUUACCUCUGUAUAACCAAACACACAGCAUUCAAACCCAUAAAUGUUCCAAUUUGUAAGCGAAUUCUGGCAUGUCGAAUGGUUGGAAUGUCACAAAAAACACCGAAUGUGACAUUUCCGUUCCCUCUACAUCCAAAAUAAGUGCUAACAUGGGUCAAAAAUGUGGAUUCGACCAUCCACCCAUCGGCCAUACGGAGGCAAACUGCACAUGCUACCUGUUGAUCUCAGUGAAGUUUUACCACAUACAACAAAUGUGAAACAGGACCCCAGUACAGGACUGCAUACAUUAUUUAUGAAUAAGGGGCCAUUUAUUUGGCUGUUUUUUAAAAUGUUUCAUGUAAAAUACUCUCAGAGAACCAUUUUACCAUGUUGUUGCAGAAAGUUACUUGAUAACCUAACCUUUCCAGAUUUAAAAUAGUUUGCAUCAUACAACAUCUAGUGUAGGACCCUGCACAUUUGCAAAUAAACUAUUACUGUGUAUGCAGUGCCUCACCUGUAUUUUUUCAAAUUCCUUAUCCCAGUUAUAUCCACAUGUGUAGUUUAUACACGUAUAUGAAUCUGCUGUGAAACAUCAGAGCACACCUAGUUGAUCUCAACAUCAGCAUUUAAUAAAGUACUGAAACUAUAUAUACAUCAUUGAAAGCAGUAAAUCUUAAAUGUGAAAAAUAUUGACCAUACAGCAUCAAAAUGAAAUUUAAAGUACUUCAUUAUCAUAUGCCUGCCAUUUGAAAAUCACAUCUAAGUAAAUUUACAAACUUUGUACAGUAAUUAAUUUCUUUAGUUGGGACAAGCCUCCCCUACCCACUGUAGUUCUACUUUUUUAUUCAAUUCUGAAGUCAUACACUGACAGAGAAAACAGACACUUGUUUCAUAGGAGAACCAGUGUGUGUAUGUGUGUGUGUGUGUAUAUAUAUAUAUAUAUAUAUAUAUGUGUAUAUAUAUAUAUAUAUAUAUAUAUAUAUAUAUAUAUAUAUAUAUAUAUAUAUUCAUUGGUUUGAGAGGAAAAGAUGAUAAAAGUAAGUAGGGGCAUCAAACUACCCUAGGUGUGGCAUCUUUUUAUAUUGGUUAAGUGCAGCUGACAGAAACUUCAAAAGAAAUUAGAUCAGGCAAGGUCGGUAAUGCAAGAUGGACUUACUUUGCUUGUGGCAUUGAUAAAAUGCCGAUGAUUGAUUUUAACAGCAAAAAUAAAAAAAAUCAGAUGUGUUAAGAAACUGAAUAAUGUUUAAUUAAGGUGUACAGGUUAGAAUGAAUAAACAGAAAAUUAAAACAUGUAUGUGAUGUUUAUUCAGGUGGAAUACAGUUUUUUACCUGAACUUAAUAUGUUAGAAAUAUAUUUUGGUAGAUACAAAAAAAAAUGCUAGAAGAAAUGAAUAAUGUGCUGCAUAAGAUUUGUGGUAUUCCACAUCUCUAACAAGUGCAAAAUGUCCUUGCAAGCAAACUCAAAUUGUUAUUUAAGGAUGGACCAUGACUGGCAAGUAAAUUAAAAUGAGUUCAUUUGAAUUGA